CAGCGAGGAGGGAUUGCUUAGCCUGGCCGGAGGAAGAGGAAUCGCAGCCGGCUAUGGGAGCUGCCUGAAGCCGCCGCAGGAGGCGCCGUGGAGGAUCGGGGAUUUACUUUUCGCCCGUGGUGUGGAUUUAACAGGGGGAGUCGGAAGCGCAGGCGCCGGAAAGCCGGCGGCGGAGGCGGCGGAGGAGGAGGAUGGGCCGCCCGGAGGGGACCCACGACGGCCGCCGCCUCCUCUGCCGUCGGCUGCUGCUGGGACUGCUGCUCGCCCUGUGCCGCCUGGCGCCGCCACUGCUGGCCAAGAGCCUCGAGCCCGUCGCCUGGAGCGCCGCCAACCCAAAGUUUGUGUCUGGAAAGGGACUGAUCAUCUACCCAGAAAUUGGGGACAAGCUGGACAUUAUCUGCCCAAAGGCUGAGCCCUCCAGGCCCUACGAGUACUACAAGCUCUACCUGGUGAAGCGCGGCCAGGCAGAUUCCUGCAGCACCAUCAUGGACCCCAAUGUGCUGGUGACCUGCAACCGGCCUGACCAGGAGAUCCGCUUCACCAUCAAGUUCCAGGAGUUCAGCCCCAACUACAUGGGCCUGGAGUUCAAGAGGCACCAGGACUACUUCAUCACCUCCUCUGGGUGGGCCAAAGAUCUUCGUCUGAUCUCGGAUCCCCCGCGAGUCCCAAGACCUCUCUGCUGCCAACUUCCAGAGAUCGCCGUAAAAACUACAUCCAAUGGGUCUCUGGAGGGUUUGGAGAACCGGGAAGGCGGGGUCUGCCAGACACGCUCCAUGAAGAUCAUAAUGAAAGUGGGCCAGGAUCCAAAUGCUGUGAUGCCCGAGCAGCUGACGACAAGCCGGCCUAGCAAGGACUCUGACAAUACAGUCAAAAUUGCCACACAGAGCCCACGCAACCGGCUCCCACCUGUGGAGGACCCUGGGAAGCCAGACCCUGUCAACCAGGACGGCCAGGACGGCCAGAGCCCUGGCAACGGCUUCUUCAGCUCCAAGGUGGCUGUCUUCGCCGCCAUCGGGGCGGGCUGCGUGAUCUUCAUCCUCAUCAUCAUCUUCCUCGUGGUCCUGCUGAUCAAGCUGCGCAAGCGCCACCGGAAGCAUACGCAGCAGCGGGCGCAGGCCUUGUCGCUCAGCACCCUGGCCAGCCCCAAGUGCGGCGGCAGCGGUGGCUCAGAGCCCAGCGACAUCAUCAUCCCCUUGCGGACUACAGAGAACAACUACUGCCCUCACUAUGAGAAAGUGAGCGGGGACUACGGGCACCCCGUCUACAUUGUCCAGGAGAUGCCCCCACAGAGCCCGGCAAACAUUUACUACAAGGUUUGAGGGAGCAGCAGCCUUGGAAAUGCUUUCCAGAAACUGGGGGGCAGGGCGGCCUCUGCCAGG